CACGUAUCUUCCUUCCCCUUCCUCCUCACUGCCCGUCAGAAAAACACGACCCGACCCAAACAGCAAAACUUAAAUUCUCUCUUCUUUAAGACAUUUCGAGUCUCCUAAUCCCAAACUCCAAUUUCUGCAAAAAAAAACAAAGCUUUGAGUUCUCCUCAGAAUUGCCGAUCCCUUUUGAGGUUUUUGCUUAGAUUAAGCGAAUGUGAUAAUGGUUAGCAGCGAGAUGGAAAAAACGGGUCAAGAGAACGAACCUAAGACUCCUCCUCCUCCUGUUACUUCACAGGAACCUUCUUCUUCUUCUGCUGUGAGUGCUGGAAUGUCUACUACUCCUGAUUGGUCUGGUUUCCAGGCUUAUUCUCCUAUGCCGCCUCAUGGUUAUGUGGCCUCAAGUCCUCAACCUCACCCUUAUAUGUGGGGCGUUCAGCAUAUGAUGCCUCCUUAUGGAACACCGCCUCAUCCAUAUGUGGCGAUGUAUCCUCCAGGUGGGAUGUACGGCCACCCUUCAUUACCUCCGGGAUCUUAUCCGUAUAGUCCUUAUGCAAUGCCUUCUCCUAAUGGAAUGGUUGAAGCUUCUGGAAAUACAGAGGGUGAUGGUAAACAAGCUGAGGUGAAGGAGAAGUUGCCAAUCAAAAGAUCAAAAGGAAGCUUGGGAAGUUUGAAUAUGAUUAUAGGAAAGAACAAUGAGGCUGUAAAAAACUCAGGAGCAUCAGCUAAUGGAGCUUGUUCUAAAAGUGCUGAGAGCGCUUCUGAUGGUUCAAGUGAAGGAAGUGAUGCAAAUUCACAAAACGACUCUGGGUCUAGAAACAACGGGAAGGAUGCUUCAGAUUCUGCUCAUGGACCACCACCGCGUAAUGGAAGUAAUCAGCCGGUGAACCAGAUCGUUCCCAUCAUGCCUACAGGUGUUACAGGCCCACCAACAAAUCUAAACAUAGGAAUGGAGUAUUGGAGCGGUCAUGGGAAUGUUUCUACAACAGUUCCUGGAGUUGUAGUAGAUGGCUCCCAAUCACAAACAUGGAUACAGGAUGAGAGAGAGCUGAAGCGACAGAAACGGAAGCAGUCCAAUAGGGAGUCUGCUCGUAGAUCCAGGCUGCGUAAACAGGCGGAAUGUGAUGAGUUGGCACAACGAGCAGAUGUGUUGAAUGGAGAAAACGCAAGCCUUAGAGCAGAAAUUAACAAGCUUAAAAGCCAAUACGAAGAGCUUCUUGCUGAAAAUAGCUCUCUCAAGAAUCGAUUUACGGCAGUCCCAUCACAGGAAGGAGUGAACUUGGACAAGAACGAGCAAGAACCAGAGGCAGGUACACGUCAAGAUGCUGCGGAGACCACUUAUGGUUCCUACAACAACUCAGCAUAACUCAAGAAUGUGAUUUUAGGAACCAGAGUUUGUUUAGUAGUAGUGUGUUUAUCUAAAGCUUAAUGGUGCGUGAGAAAAUGCUCUCUUCUUUAACAAGUGUAUAUUUUGUUUUCAGUGUUUAGAUUUUGGACCCCUUUUGUCUUUUUAUAAAAAUGGACAUAAAUUGAGUUCAGGUA